GAGUUGGAUCCGACUCGGACAUGUACCAUGAUUAGGACCACGCUUCUCGUUCGGACCCAGAGCGGCAAAGGCGGGCCGCUGUGGGCCGUGUGCAACAUAUCCCAGUCUGCGGCUUCUUCUUCUUCUACUGCACUCGUGACCAUUCACUGCCCUAUUCGUUUCUCGACUGGAUGAAUCUUAGGCCUGGUUCGUUACGCUGCCUAAGAAAUAGGCGGCCAUCAUGCCUCGUUCCCCGGCCCUAGACUCCGAGAAUUUUCCUGCACCUGGUGCAAUCGGUGCAUAAUGCAGAGAGGCCCUGCUUUGCUUCGAAACCUCCUGCUUCCUUUUCUUUUGACGUCUAUCACUACAACGUCGGCAGCUGUCUUUCAGGCUACGCUAGGAUGGCUCGAUUGUAUAACAUCUUCAUCGCAGUAUUUUGCGCCAUUGGCUCAUUUUUAUUCGGAUAUGACAGUGGUAUCAUCUCCUCCGUCAUAUCAUUCAGCCAGUUUGAGGACUUUGUGAACGAUCCCGGGAAUUAUAGUAGUCUUUCUGGAGCUGUUGUCUCUACUUUCACCGGUGGAUGUUUCUUUGGGGCUGCUGUCGCGGGAUGGACGAACGAUCGCAUCGGACGCAAACUUAGUAUACAGCUAGGCGCAACAGUAGCCCUCUGGGGAUGUGCGAUGCAAGCCGGUGCCAACAACUUUGCCUGCAUGCUGAUUGGACGUAUCGUCGCCGGUUUCGCCAUUGGCAUGCUGUCGAUGACUGUGCCCCUCUACAACACCGAAAUCGCGCCGCCUAAAAUGCGUGGCUUCAUCGUGGGUCUCGCACAGCAGAUGCUCGGUAUUGGAAUGGUCGUGGCAAAUUGGGUUGGCUACGGAUGUCAGUACCUCCCUGGGAAUAGCAGCUGGCGCCUUGCCCUCGGCCUUCAGCUCGUGCCUGCAUUCCUACUUGCUGUCGGAGUGCAGUUCUGUCCGUACUCUCCGAGAUGGCUACUUGAGAAGGGACGGUACGAAGAGGCUCGUCUUGUCGUGCGCAAAUUGCAUGGAGCGAAGACCGCUGAGCAAGUGCAAGUCUCGGACCAAGAAUUCUUGGAGAUGCAAGUAGCCAUUAAGGCGGAGAUGGCUAUCAGGACGAGGAGAUUGAGCGACCUCUGGGCUACGGAUGCAAUGUUGAAGCGGACGCUCGUGGCUGUCGGAGUGCAAGUGUUCGGUCAAUUCUCCGGGAUCAACGUCAUCAACUAUUUUGGUCCUUCAAUGUACAAGUCGCUUGGACUGACUGAGGGUCAAUCACUGCUGGUGCAAGGUAUCUACGGUGCGGUGGGUCCAAUCACGAAUUUCAUCUUCAUCACCUGUGUCCUCGACACGGUCGGUAGGAAGAAGCCGCUCAUGUUUGGAGCGGGUGGCUUCGUCGUCACUUACUCGAUUCUGACUGCGAUCGUCGCGUGCUUCAUUCCUGGCCAAUCGGAUAACCAUCCUGCGCAGAGGGCUGGUAUUGCGAUGAUAUUCCUGACAAGUAUAAUAUUUUCUCUUAGCUUUGGGCCUGUGAGCUGGGUGCUGGCGUCCGAGGUAUUUCCCACGAAGACACGGUCCAUCGGGACGAGUGUCGCCACAUGUGCCAACUGGGCAUUCAAUGUCCUAUUCUCACAGGUGUCUAAUUUAGCUAUCGAGAACAUCAGCUGGAGAUACUACAUCCUCUUUAUUUGCUUGAACUUUGUUGACUUUCUGAUCAUAACCUUCACCUUCCCCGAGACGAAAGGGAAAACUUUGGAAGAAAUGGCAGAAGUCUUCGGAGAUGAGCACGGACCAAGCGCUGUGGGUAUUGAGUCCGGCUCGGAGAAAAUGGAGCACGAUACGAGGCACAUGGAAGCGUAGCGGUAUCUGUUUUCGUGGUAUCUACGAGUUUCCGACAUGCAUUCACGAGCUGUACGUUACUUUGUAAUGCGAUGAGUAUGAGCUCGCUCC